AUGAACUCCUUCAAGACUGCCGCCAUCUUCUCUUUCCUCGCCGCUUCUCAGGCCCUGGCUCUUCCUGCCUACCAGUGUAACCCUGCACACCAGUACCCUGAAGGUGUCAAGUGUGUCUCGACCAACGGUGGCUUGAGCCUUGUCACGCCCACUCCUCAAGCCACUUAUGCUUGCAACCCUGCACACCAAUACCCUGAAGGUGUCAAGUGUGUGUCUACCAACGGUGGAUUGAGCCUCGUCACUCCCACUCCUUCUGCAAAGCAAACUUAUGCCUGCAACCCUGCACACAGCUACCCUGCCGGCGCCGUGUGCACUGAGGUUGCUGGUUCAUUGACCCUCGUCACUGCUUCUCCGUCUGCAACGAGCUAUGCCUGCAACCCUGCUCACCAAUACCCUGAGGGUGUCAAGUGUGUGUCUACCAACGGUGGAUUGAGCUUGGUUACUCCUACUCCCCAGGUUACUUAUGCUUGUAACCCUGCUCAUCAAUAUCCGGAGGGCGUCAAGUGUGUUUCCACCAAUGGAGCUCUUUCUCUCGUCACACCCGCUCCUCAGACUACCUAUGCCUGCAACCCUGCUCACAGCUACCCUAACGGAGCAAAGUGUGUUUCUACCAACGGCGCUUUGAGCCUCGUUACUCCUGCUCCUGCUCCCACUACUUACUAA